GCCAUGGCUGCUGCCAGCACUCCUGUCCAAGAGCUCCGUGAAGAGCUCACUUGCCCCAUCUGCCUGGAUUAUUUCAGGGAUCCAGUGACGGUCGCAGAGUGUGGGCACAAUUUCUGCCGAGCCUGCCUGAGCCAGUGCAGUGGGGAAUUUGACACAGAGGCCACCUGCCCCCAGUGCAGGGGGACCUUCCAGAAGAGCAGCCUCCGGCCCAAUCUGCAGCUGGCUAAUGUAGUCGAAAUUGCCAAGAAGUUAGGAGGGCAGACCGUCCAAGGGGCCGAAGGGAAGGGGCAAGCCUGCGAGAAGCACCAGGAGCCCCUGAAACUCUUCUGCAGGGACCACGAAACCCCCAUCUGCCUGGUGUGUGACAAAGCGAAGGAGCACGAAGGUCACAAGGUGAUUCCCCUGGAGGAGGCGUCCCAGGAGUACCAGGAUCUGCUCCAUCAUCGCCUGGAGAGUCUGAGAAAAGAAAGAGAAAAGGUUCUUGCAUACGAAGCAGACACGGAGAGGGAAAACCAAGAGCUGCUUAAGGAAACAAAAGCUGUGAGGGAAGAAACAGUGGCUGAGUUCAGGCGCCUGCAUCAGUUUCUGGAAGAGCAAGAGAAGCGUCUCCUGGCCCAGGUGGACCAGCUGCAGGAGGAGAUUGCCAGGAAAGCGGAGGACCACCUGGCCUGGCUUUCGAAGGAACUCUCUUCCCUUGAAGGCAUCAUGUGGGAGGUGGAGAAGAAGAGUUGGCAGCCGGCCGCUGAACUCCUGCAGGAUGUGAGAAGCACCUUGCAGAGGAGUGAGAAGGAGCCCUGUGAGAUCCCAGCGGCUUUCUCCCCGGAGCUGAAAUGGAGAAUCUGGGACUUAUGGGAUAUAAAUCACCUUCUGGAGGGACUCAGAAUGAAAUUUCAAGAUGCCCUGCUACAUGGACUACAGCUGCAUAAAGCAAAUGUGACUCUGGAUCCAGACACGGUUAAUCCCAACCUCAUCCUGUCGGAGGAUCGUAAAAGUGUGAGGAGGGGAGACCAGAGUCAUGAUCUGACCACCAAAUUGGACAGAUCCAUGGACUUUCCUUUUGUGCUGGGACGUGAGGGAUUCAGAGGGGGCAGGCACUUCUGGGAAGUCAGUGUGGAAUGUGGGGAAGAAUGGAUUGUGGGGGUCAUCCCGAGUUCCAUAAGGAGAAAGGGCAAGGUUAAGUUACCCCCUCAGGAAGAGAUCUGGGCUAUGGGGUGUUUCAAAGGUGGAUACAGCACUUUCUCUCAUUCUCUGUCCCUGAGCAGGAAGCUGAAGAAGAUCCGGGUGUCUCUGAACUGUGAUGGGGGGCGGGUGGCCUUUUAUGAUGCUGACCAAGGGACACUCCUCUAUGCCUUCUCCGGGGUCUCGUGUGCAGGACAGACCCUUUCCCCCUUCUUUGAGGCCAAUAUCAGUAUCAGUUCGAAAGCGAAGCGAGUGAAAUCACUGUGCACAGAAGCCAUGGCUGCUGGUGGUGAUGGCGGGAGCACCGUCCACGAGCUCUGCGAGGAAACCAUGUGCCCCAUCUGCCUGGACUAUUUCAGGGAUCCCCUGACGAUUGCAGAGUGUGGGCACAAUUUCUGCCAAGCCUGCCUGAGCCAGUACAGCGGGGAAUCGGACGUGCAGGCCUCCUGCCCCCAGUGCAGGGGGACCUUCCAGAAGAGGAACCUCCGGCCCAAUCGGCAGCUGGCCAGGAUUGUGGAAAUUGCCAGGAAAUUAGGGGAGCAGGAGGUCAAAGUGGUCAAAGGGAAGGGGCAAGUCUGCAAGGAGCACCAGGAGCCCCUGAAGCUUUUCUGCAGGGACCACAAAGCCCCCAUCUGCGUGGUGUGUGACAAAGCGAAGGAGCAUGAAGGUCACAAGGUGGUUCCCCUGGAGGAGGCGUCCCAGGAGUACCAGGAUCUGCUCCAUCAUCACCUGGAGAUUCUGAGUAGAGAGGAAGGAAGAAUUCUGGCAUGUAUAGCAGAGGCAGAGAAUGAAACCCAAGAGCUGCUUAAUCUAGCUAACACCCAGCGGGAGGAGACAGUGGCUCAGUCCAGGCGAAUGCAUCAGUUACUGGAAAAGCAAGAGAAGCGUCACCUGGCCCAGGUGGAUGAGCUGGAGAAGGAGAUUGCCAGGAAAGGGGAGGACCACCUGGCCAGACUCUACAGGGAACUCUCUUCCCUUGAAGGCAUCAUGCGGAAGGUGGGAGAAGAGCCGGCAGCUGAACUCCUGCAGGUAGGAGGGGGCAGGAGCCCCCACAUCCCCCAAGGAGGAGACUCAGCCAGAUGCUGCUCACCUCUGUGUGUGGAGGGAGGGCCGAGGCAGGCAGUGUGGACCCUUUGAUGGGGCCACCCUGUGGUGAGGCCCUUCAUGAGACCCAGGCCGAAGCAGAGGGUCGUGCGGGGCUGGGGAAGCGACCGCAAAGCAGUCUGGCCUAGUGGUGUUGCCAGUCCGGAAGGCAGGUCGGAUCUAUUCCUGUGCGAAACAGAAU